UUCUUCUUUGGCCUGUGCGCCAGGAGGGGAUACGUCGACGAGUUAAGACUAUCCGCCCCGAAGUACAGAGGUCAAGUACGAAGCACGGCUCGGCGUAGCAGGACGCCCGCACAAGUCCAAGGUGCGCCACUCGAACCCGAAAUGCUGGAGGAGUUGAAGAAGCAGGUCGCCAAGCAACUGGAGCUCGGAGUCAUCCGACCCUCCAAGAGCGAGUGGGCUGUUGCCCCUCACUUCGUAAAGAAGACCGGGGAAUGGAGGUGCGUCACUGACUACCGCAGGAGCGGCCAUGGUCGCAGACUCUUACCCCCUUCCUCGCAUCCGGGACCACCUGCGACGGGCGGCCGGACAGAGAUACUACUGCACUUUAUAACUCCGAUUGGCCCUUUCGAGUUCAACGUCAUCCCAUCCGGCAUCUAA